UGCCGCUGAUUGGUUCAGAGGGCUGCCUAUCAUGCAGCCCCACCCCUCCAGGAAUUGGCAGAGAGUGGUAGGACUGCAUGAUGGACAGCCCUUGCAACUAGUCAGCAAUGAGGGGUGGGACUAUGGCAGACAGCCGUCAUAACCAGGGACCACUGAGGCCCGUCCACCAAUCGGAGCAUGGGGGGAGUGUCAUAACCAGCCCAUGAAAAUGGUGGUUGACCCAACGAUCAACCUGCAAAAUCGGCCGGCCGCCACCUUGAGUUGGGUAGAUCCGUAACUGUGAGCACUUGACUCCUCGACCCCUAUUUUAGAGACUGAAUCGCGCACCUCUUUCUCUUGUUAUACUGAUAGCAAAACUUUCCCGUGAGGCCUGGGUGCGUUGCACUUGAGUUAACAUCCGGAAAUGGGGAGAGGAGACUUAGGUGGCUAGCACUAUUUCUACUGAUUCUGACAGACUGGUGCCGCUGGUAGGGUUUGUGUAGUCUAGCGUAUAUCCCAGCCGCAAGGCCUUUAUGAAUAAAACUGCUCCAGCGUGAAGCAUGACAAGCAGGGGAAUACCUGCCAAGAGGAGAAAAUUCACAAACCCUUAUUUCCUUGAUGAAUGGGGCAAAUUAGAACAAAAAAAGCAAGUAAUUAAAUAGUUUUGUCUGUGUUUGUGACGGUUCAAAUUGGUUUAAUGCUUUCAUGGCCUUUCAUUAACGCACACUUAACUAGACAAGAAAAAGCAUAAUCUAGGUUUAGACCUUGCUAUUUUCUGUGCCUUGCCCUGCUGCUCUUGGGUAUUACGGGGAAGGAGGGGUCUGGGAAUAGAGCAGGAGCUGAAAGCAGUAAGGUGAAUCGAGGGCAGAGCGAGAGGCUUAACUUGCAAUUUCCUUGCUUUUGUUGGUUCAAAUCUGACCCUUUCACUUCAAAAAAAAAAAAAAAAAAAAAAAAGUUUUGUAUUUCAUUUCCUUAGUUGUAUAAGUUAAUGGGAGAGGUGGGUAGAAGGAGCUAGGGACAGGGGUCAGGUAUAGGACAGACAAAAAUAAAGCAAAGCACCUGAUUUCAUUUUAUUUUAUUUUUUACUCCCAGCAGAGACCUGCAUACUUCGAGUAGGCCAAGAAAGAUAUAAAAGUGGUUGUCUUCUGGUUGAAUGCUUGAAAGCUUUUGGAUUUAGCUGGCUUUACAGCUUUCUGUGCAGCCCUGGAGUAUCUCCCUCCCUCCAAAUACCUUCUGGGCAAGAUACACUGACCCUGACUAAGCCAAUGUAGCUGGAAAAGAAUUGGGCUCAAUAAGGCAGAGAAAAACAGUCUUUCUGGCAACCGAAGGGGACUUCUUUCUUUGGCUCCUCGGAGGCUAGCUCCCCUUCCCAACCAUAGCACCGUGCCUCUUUCCUGUUAGUUCUCUGCCAGCUGAAAGAUGGAAGCAGCAAAGGAAAAUAAAUAUGCUUCAAGCUGUGGAAACAUUACCGAAGACAAAAACAUCCUGCGUGUUAGAGCUAAAGCUCCAUUUUUAAUCGCACUCAUGAGUAUUGUGUUCUGGGUCAUGAAACUUAAUCCACAGCAAGCUCCAUUAUAUGGUGACAGCGUUAUUACAGUGCUGCUGGCUGAAGAAGACAAACUUGAAGAUGAUGUAGAUUUUUACUUGGUGUUUACUGGGUCCGCUGUCCAACACUGCACAAGCACUAGAAAGGUUAAUCCUGGAACAUUGGAGACUAUUGCUCCUGGCCAUGACUGCUGCGAGACGGUGAAAGUGGAGCUUUGUGCCUCCAAGGAAGGGCUUCCUAUUCUGGUGGUGGCAGAGGACAGGUUUCAGUUCAUUCAGGAUGAGGCCUAUGAUGCAGCUCAGUUCCUAGCAACCUGCGCUGGGAAUCAGCAAGCACUGAACUUCACAAGAUUCCUGGAUCGGUCAAGGCCGCCGUCUGGGGACCUGAAUUUUCUGGAUGAGAAAGUGGCUUUGGCAUUUCGACAUCUGAAAUUGCCAGCAGAAUGGAAUGUGCUAGGAGCGGAUCAGACUCUGAACGAGAAUAUCCCCCGGGAGACACUGUUGCAUUUUUCAGUGAGGCUAGGUCUGCAGCGGUUGACAUGGUUUCUGUUACAGCAGCCAGGUGGAAGAGGAGCUCUCUGCAUCCGCAACAAUGAAGGAGCUACACCUGUGACUCUGGCCUUGGAGAGGGGCUAUCAGAAGUUGCAUCAGCUUUUGACAGAAGAAGAUGCUGGCGAACCUGACUCUUGGAGCACUUUGUCUCAUGUCGUGCACUCGGGGGACUGCUGUGUGAAAUACCACCAGGGUCUGAGUGUUUACACGCUGACAGCUGAAGCCAAGAAUGGAGCCAAGGCUGCCCUGGAGAACGACAUAGAGCGGCUUCAGAAAUGCUUAAAAACCCACCAGCACACGAAUGCAAAGCAGCAGCCAGAGUCUGAGCCGAGAACUGAGGAUAAUAGCAGUAAAGGAAGACAAAUGGAAGGACACCAGGCUGUUGUAACCUACAACUCUGAAGAAAUGUCUACAGAAGUCAGCAAAGAAGGACCCUCUGCCACAGCUGACUUGGAUUUAAGGCAGUUCUUGGCCCCCUCCUGCCACAAGGAGGAUGAACGUGACAGUGGGAGUUUGGGAGUGCUUAACGACAUGUCAGGUGAUUUGCUGAGUGUGGUAAGCACAGAGAGCCGGGGGUGUUCCUCAGAAAGUCAAAAUAUAGCUACGUUGAGUAAAAAGGAAGAGGAGGGGCCAGCCUCUAUUGUAGACUCUGAAGCUGUAUCAGAUAAAAAUGCCUGCACACUGAGCCCAGCUCCUGGAAUAAACGGUGCUGCAAGCCUUCCAUCCUGUGGAAAUACAAAUGAGGAAACUGGAAUGACAUCCACUGGAGUUAUUCUGGAUCAAACCAGCCUGGUCAACAAAGAUAAUACCCAUCAGGAAGUGCAAAUUGCCGAAGAGUGCGCAACUGAAAGCCCUGUAACCACGGUUGAAACUGCAGGCAAACCCCGAACUUCCGGGGAGGGUGUGGAUGUGGCCAUGGGCCAGUCUGAAUGUAAGAACUGUGCGGGGACUAGAGAUGCCUCUCCAGUACAGCGGCAUGAAGAACAUGUGAGUGCUGAGGCAACGGGUGCCAGAGCUGCAAGCCUGAAGGAAGUGCUCCCAGCAGGUGAGGAGCUGAUCCAUGCUGCUGAGCCCUUGCUUGGUGACGUUAGUAACGCUGCCUUUGAAGGUGGGGUCAUGCAGGUGAUGCAAGCACAGGACACUGCAAAUGUAAGGACUGAUGCUAAUAUUCUCCCAAAUGGCCUUGGGGAGACUAGUAAUGAGGGUAUAACAGACUUUCAGGCUGAAACGACAAUGAAUGGCUUCUCAGAUGACCCAGGUCAAGAUGCCCCUGUUGUAAAGGAGAGGCAGAGUGUGACUGCUGCUGGAGAGGAGCUUCAGGCAAUGGGUGAGAUAAAGCCUUCAGAGAAUGUAUUGAAGCAGGAUGUGGUUGUCCUGGAAGUUAACAACAAUAGCAAGAGCAGUGAGUGUGGGGUGCAGGUGGACAAUGGAAGCCUGGCUCUUGAGCUGAAUGAGCUGGAGUUGGGUGAACAUGCACAUGAUGGUCAUCCCAACGCUGAUGCCGAGCGGGGUGCCUUUGGCAAGCCUGAUGAAAUUGCUACCAAGUCUGCACGUGACCACAAAGCCGGUGAGUUAAUAGCUGAAGCGGAGCAGAGCCUCAAAACACCCGUGGAGAUGUUGGGAACUGAAACUGUGAGCAGCAGAGGAACUGCAGAUGGAGGCCAGGGGGCUGCUGGCAAUUGCCAUGCUGCUCAUCAAGCUGUUGAGCAAGACAAAAUAAGUGACAGCUUAAAUCCAGAGGCUGCUGCAGCUUGCAAAUGUGAGCUUGAUUCACAGCUUCCACGUGAAGGAGGCUUGGUUUUGGCAGGAAAAGGGCCUCUGCAAAGCCAGGCACUGACUCCAGAAAGCACUUCAGAACUGGAGAGGGUCAGUGCUGAAAUGAGACCACUUGCCUAUCCUGUAUUUAGGGAAGAUGCACAGCAGGGGCAAGCAAUUAGUCAGGAGACAGGUGCUGCAGUGUCACCUUCUGGACAGGAGGCAUGCAUGCAUGAUAAUAAUCCUAAAUUAUCCUCAUGUGCCAAGGAUACAGAGUCUAUACAGGAUAAUUUCAUAGGCACACCCUCUGCAAUUCAUAAUAAGGAAUCUAAACAAAACCAGGAAGUAGCAGAGACGGCAGUGGUUGCUGAACAGGGAAGUUCUGAACCUGGCACGGUAACCACAGAAACUAAUUUGCCCCCAGAUCUCAGGGAAGAGGAGAACUCUGCAUGCAGUCUCCUGCCUCCAGCUGAGAGAAACAGCCCUGAGCCCGAUCAGGAGCUGGACCAAAGUGGGGCAUUUGGCAGAGAAAGCGCCUUGUCCAAGGAACCUGGUGUUGCUGUUGUGAAAUCCUGUGCUUGCAAUCAGGGUGAGCAGCCUGAGGUGAGUGACAGUACUGCAGACACUGGAUUGCAAGGAGAAAUCUCUUGUCAGGAGGCAACUGAGAAUGUGGCGGCGGAUGCAGGGGAAAGUAUCGCACAAGAGUCUGUAUUGGAGGACAAAUCCCAAGAUGCAAAGGAUGAUUGGCCUUCCAGCACAGCAUUGAACCAAGAAUGCGAUCUCAGCCCAGCUCUACAGGGAAGCUGUCCAUGUGCAGAAUUAAAGGAGGCCUUGGGACUGGACACCUUUUCUGUUGCCUGUGACAAUAUGGAACCACUAGAGGAGGCCCAGAGAUCCCUAGUAACAAGUUAUCCGGAAGACCAAGGGGAUAUGGACAAUGUACUUUCCAGGGUAUCACUUCAGCCCAUUGUGGAAGAAGCCACAUGUGAUAGUGACUCCAGCUCAGACACUGUCUGCUUGGCCAGUGAGAAUGAAGCUGGGUCAGAAGUGAAAGAGGCCCAAGAGAUCUUGGCUGAGCUCAAGGAAGAUGAAGAAGAGCAGAACAAAGCUAUAUUUGCAGCACCUCCUUCAUUGUGUUCAGAGAGUUUAAACGCUGCCGAGCCAUUGGAAAAUGUGGGAGAAAAGAGUUUUGUUCCAGAGGGUGAUGGCUUUUCUCUAGAUGAAAUUACAGAAGGGGUAGAGGGCCCUGAUGCAGUCGUUUCUUCAGGGGAGGCACCUUGUUCACCUGAACCGCCAGUUAAGAAACCAGAAGGUGUACCUGUUGCAGAAGGAACGGAGACCGAACCCCAAGCUGUGGUAAACAUAGGAGCCAUGCUGGACAGAGAAAUGGAUUUAAGUUUGCCAUUUGGUGAUCUAAGCAAGGGAGAUACAAAUCCAGGAGUGCUGGGAUCUGAGAUUGUUAUAGGAGCGGUGGAGAUGAAAACUGAAGACGAGCUGGAUUUUCUGAAGGACCUCAGA